AUGUCUUGGAAGGAAGUAGCGCCCAAUGUUUUCCUGCUGGACGAGUGCAACUCGGUCUCGCAACUCCUGAAGAUGAAGUACCGCUGGUACUCGCCAAAAUUAUCACCACGCAAUGUUCCACGCUUCGCCGAUGUCAGCAGCGUCACGGAGUCUCCAGAGACGAUGAAGGCUUUGCGUGACCUCCUCGUGGAGCGGUACCGCGCCAUGUCGCCGGCCCCAACGCACAUCCUUGGCUUCGAUGCUCGUGGCUUCCUCUUCGGCCCCAUGAUCGCUGUGGAGCUUGGGAUCCCAUUCGUACUGCUGCGCAAGGCCGACAAGAACCCCGGUCGCCUUAUCCGCAGCGAGCCUUACGACAAAGAGUACCAGGAAGCGGCACCGGAGGUGAUGACAAUCCGCUACGACAGCAUCGGCAAGGGCUCGCGAGUGGUGCUAAUCGAUGACGUGCUGGCAACGGGUGGAACGGCGCUGUCUGGCCUGCAGCUGGUGGAGGCAUGCGGCGCAGAGGCCAUUGAGAUGGUCGUGAUUCUGUCCAUUCCUUUCCUGAAGGGGGCAUCGAUGAUUCACUCGACCGCAAACGGCCGUUAUAAGGCUGUUAAGUUGAUCAGUCUCAUCUCUGAGGACGCUCUGGGCGAGGAGAAUUGUGGAGACUCGGAGGAUUUUGUUGGUCCCCGCGUGAUGAGCUGCAGUGAUGUGUUGGCCAAGAACUCGCACUAA